GGACGGCGGGACGGAAACCUUGGUUUCCAGGAACGCCGCACGUCACCUCACACCUUCCUCUGCCGCCAUCUUUGUUGGGGCGGAGAAUUGGAAGCCGAGCUCCUUCGCUGCUGCUCCGCUGGAGCCCUCUGUAGUUCAUGAGCUAUGCUGGAAAAAGCACGGGGAGCAUAACCCGAGGCAGGGAGUGAGCUGGCGUCCACACUGAGCGCGCGGGGGAGGGGCUUCGGUUACGUCAUUUCCUCUGGCUUCAGGAAGUGCGGUGUGCCUGCAGCCGUCCGCAUGCGGAGGUUCUGCAGGCCCUCCCUGGCGUGGAGCCUGGCGGCAGCGGCGGCAGCAAUAAUGGUGGCGUGGCUGAGGGGCUGGUGUGGCGCCCGUGCUGACCUUCGUCUUUUUACCCCCGAGGAGCUGGCCCGCUACCGUGGCGGCCCUGGGGACCCGGGCCUGUACUUGGCCUUCCUCGGCCGCGUCUACGACGUGUCCUCGGGCCGGCGGCACUACGAGCCCGGGGCCCACUACAGCGGCUUCGCAGGUACCAGCCCGGUCGCCCAUGCCGGGCCUCCUCCAGCCCAGUCCGGGAGCGUCGUUCGUUCAUUCAUUCAUUCGUUUAUCCGCUGCUUGCCGAUCCCUCCCUUCCUCCCCUCCCUCCCCUCAUUGUCAACAACGAACCAAGUAGCCAGGACUCAGCUAUACCAUCCUUCCGGCUUCUGGGGCGGGACUACAGCCAGCCGUUGCUCCCUGUACCCUCACUCCAUGGCUGUGCUUGACUUUAUGUCCAAAAAACGUUUGUCUCGUUGGUUACUCGUCCCCGCCUAUGUGCCUUGUGCCAGACUUGCAGAGCCUGUGAGGUACAAUUCCUGCGCACAAUUGCAGUAA